AUGUCUCCAAUUCUCUCCAAAAUCGCCAUUGUCGGCGCCGGAGUUAGCGGCGUCGCUGCCGCCAAGCAGCUGGCCCACCAUCGGCCAGUCGUUUUUGAGUCGUCUGAUUGCAUCGGCGGCGUUUGGAAGCACUGUUCUUACGCUUCAACUAAGCUUCAAUCGCUUCGUUCCGAUUACGAAUUCGCCGAUUUUCCUUGGCCGGAUAGGGACAACAUCAAUUUCCCUACCCAUCUCGAGAUUCUCGAGUACUUGAAUUCUUACGUUCGUCAUUUCGAUCUCCUCCGUUUCAUUCGAUUCAAUUCCAAAGUCGUCGCUAUUCGAUUCAUCGGCAGCGACACCCUCAAUGGAAACCCCGACGAAUUUGGACCGAUGCUCCCAGGUCAUCCCGUAUGGGAAAUCUCAGUUCUCGAUACUCUGUCUAAUACAAUUCAGUUAUACGAGGUGGAGAUGGUGGUGAUGUGCAUGGGGAAGUACGGGGACGUGCCGAUGGUGCCGGAGUUUCCGAGCGGGAAGGGGCCGGAGGUAUUCGCCGGGAAGGUGAUGCAUUCACUGGAUUAUUGCAAGCUUGGGAAGGGAGAGGCAGGUGAGGUGGUUAAGGGUAAGAGGGUUGCAGUGAUUGGGUACAAGAAGUCAGCCAUUGAUUUGGCUGUGGAAUGUGCGGAGGCUAAUGAAGGUGAAGAAGGGAAGGCAUGCACGAUGGUGGUGAGAGGGUUGCAUUGGACGGUGCCCCAUUAUUGGGUUUGGGGUUUGCCAUUCUUCAUGUUCUUCUCCACAAGGUCUUCUCAGUUCCUCCAUGAAAGACCCAACCAGAGCUUCCUCAAGUCUCUUAUGUGCCUCUUCUUGUCUCCCAUGAGGCAUACAGUUUCAAAAUUCAUAGAAUCAUAUCUGACGUGGAAAUUCCCUCUAAAAAAGUAUGGGUUGAAGCCGGAUCAUCCAUUUAUUGAGGACUACGCCUCCUGCCAGAUGGCUAUCAUGCCGGAAAACUUUUUCCGGGAGGCCGACGACGGCAAAAUCAUCAUAAAACGAGCCUCCAAGUGGUGGUUUUGGAACGGCGGCAUUGAGUUCGACGAUGGCUCCCGGUCGGAGUUCGACGUCGUCAUUAUGGCCACCGGCUUCGACGGGAAGAAAAAGCUCACCGACGUUUUUCCUAUGCCCUUUCGCACCUUUCUUCAGUAUCCUUCCGGCAUGAUGCCCUUGUAUCGGGGCACGAUCAAUCCAAUGAUACCGAACAUGGCGUUUGUGGGGUAUUUGGAGAGCGUGGCGAACUUGCACACGUCGGAGCUACGGAGCAUAUGGCUGGCCCGACUGGUGGACGAGAAGUUCAAGCUGCCGGAGACGUGCAAAAUGGUGGAGGAAAUAAAGAAAGAAAUGGAGGUGAUGAAGAGGACGACAAGGUUCUAUAAAAGGCAUUGCAUUUCAACUUACAGCAUCAAUCACAGUGAUCAGAUCUGUGAGGAGAUGGGUUGGAACCCAUGGAGGAAGAACACUUGGUUCUCUGAAGCUUUCUCUGCUUAUGGCAGUCAAGACUACAACGCCACCAACACCAAUUGA